UUUGUUUGUUUUUGUAAUGAGAAAACAAUUUUUCAUCUUUCUAAAAUCAGUGAUUAUGACUUAAAAUGCCCAAUUUUUCUAUAUUUUCGUCUGCAUAAAGUAAUAGUCUAGGCACGCCAUCAUGUCUCAGUUAUGCUCAACAUGCCUGAGCGUCGAUCGGAAAUUGAUUCCAGUGACCAAAAUACGGAACAAAUCUAUUUUCCUAGAGUGGUUUGGAAAAUUAAGAGACAUUAUAUCCUUAACAAAUUUGAGUACAUACACUAAAAAAACUUACGACAAAGUCUUUAAUUACGAUUCAGAGGACUCAAUUGAUUUAACCAAAGAUGAUGCGAAUAACAACAAUACAAGAAUUGUCAUAAUAGACGAAAAUCCCAAAUCUAAAUCUGUGAAAGAAGACACGAAAACAAAAGACAAAAUAAACAACAAUAACAAUAAUGAUUCGAAGAACAAAAACAAGAGGAAGUAUGAAAGUAGUUCCGCUGACCGACAAACUACCAAAAAGGUGAAAGAAGGCACAGAAAGCAAAGCUAUCAUUGGCCCAAAUGUAACUAAACAAGUUACAGAAAAUCCCGGUGAUGGAAAAACCACCAAGAGGGUAAGACAGGACUCAGAAAGCAAAGCCAAUAUAGGCUCAAGUGUGGCUAAACGAGAAACAGAAAAUCCCGCUGACGAGCAAUCCACCAAAAGGGUACGAUACCAUUCAGAAAGCAAAGCCAACGUUGGUUCAAAUGUAGCUAAACAAGGCACACAAAGUCCCGCUGACGGACAACCCACUAAAAGGGUAAGACAGGACUCAGAAAGCAAAGUCAAUAUUGGUUCAAAUGUGGCUAAACAUGAUGCAGAAAGUUCCACUGACGGACCAACCACCAAAAGGGUAAGACAGGACUCAGACAGUCCCUCUGACGGACAAUCCACCAAAAAGGCUAAACAGGACACAGAAAGCAACGUUGGCCCAAAUGAUGGCGCCAAAGAACCAACUAAUACUGAAGAUAAAAAAUCAAAUGAGAAAAAAUACACAGUAUUACGUUUAAGUGAAGAAAAAAUGCUUGAAGCUAGAGAAAAAGAGAGGGAUGCGCCUAGGUAUAAAAGUCGCCCUUAUAAAUGCGAAAAAUGUAUCCUAGGGUACAUCGACAAGAAACAACUUAAUAAACAUAUUUUUGAUAAACAUACUGAUUUCCCCGGUCAACUAGUCUGCCCAAUAUGCGACGUUCGCUUCAGCCGGCAAGACUUCUACGAGUUCCACCACUCCGCACAUUACCGCGGCUACAGAUGCAAGUUGUGCAUGUUCGAGGAGCAUCGGCGGUUCCUCAUCGACGCGCACGUGGCGAAGCACGACCACGCCGAUGUGCCCAGAGUCUAUGUCGACGGUUCAAAAUCUCCAGCGAUAUACUACCGCCACGGCAUAGCUUAUAAAGAGCUGCCGAAAUGCGAGCAGUGUGGCGAGACAUUCACUAGUACUGAUAGUUUGAAGGAACAUACCGCAACUCAUAUUGAAAAACUAGAGACAUUCUCUUGCACUCUCUGCAACCGUUUAUUCCAAGACAAGAGCAGUUACAACGCUCACAUGCAGUACGCACAUCCGAGGCCGGAGGAUUGCACCUACUGCUCCGAGUGUAAGGUGCACUUCUCCGAUCUUGAUAAAUACAGCCGGCAUCUGAUGGAGAGGAAGACGCAUUGCUUGUUUGAGGAGCUGCCGUUUGAUUGCGACAAAUGCCACUGCAAGUUCCUGAAUGAGGACUACCUUCAGCGUCACGUGGCACGUAAACAUGGCCUUACAAACACAUGCAACAUUUGUGAUAAGACUUUCACUAAUGCAACUGCUUUGAAAACCCAUAUAGAGAAGCAUGACGACAGCGUGCGACCCAAAGACAAGAUCUGUCCCUGCUGCAGCAAAGGAUUCUAUUUCCGCAGCGCGCUGCUGAGCCACAUUCGGUCUCACACGGGCGAGAAGCCAUUUCAAUGUGCGCAGUGCAGCAAGCGCUUCGCCGUGCAAUACACGCUCAGAAAACACGUGCAGCGACGACACUCCGCCGAUGACAGCAACUGAAUAAAUAAAGUUACGUGAUAACAAGGUAAAAAAAAUUGUAAUUCUAAGGACCGCUUGUAUCAGUCAGGGGCGACAGCUUCAA